UAAAAUUACGCUCUAUUUUUGGCAAUACUCCGAUGAAAUGUGUUUGAAAGGGUCCUGUGUUCUUUUAGAAAUGAUGUAUAAAGUAUGAAUAACAUGUUCAGCACAAGAAUGUGUCUGGAAAGCGUCCGAUGUCUGCAGUCUUUGUCCAGGGCGGGAUGGAGGCGUCUGUCUUCCAGGCAGGGAGGCGCGAUGAACGUGUUUGACAGGAGCAUGAAGCGCAAACAGAAAGAAUGGGCGGCAUCAUUACAAGACAGCGACAAAUACGAUUACCUUAGAGACGAGGUGGGGAGCAGGGUGGCAGACAGAGUCUAUGACGUCUCAAGGACAUUCCCUUUGGCUCUAGACGUCGGCUGUGGGAAGAGUCACAUUGCAGAGCAUUUGAGUAAGGACUUUGUUGGACGUCUCUUCUUAACAGACAUCUCUGACUCUUGUCUGCGGAAGACACGGGAGUGUGAAAUUCCUGCUCACUGUGUUUUGGCAGAUGGGGAGUUCCUGCCCUUUAAAGAAAACACAUUUGACCUGGUGCUCAGCAGCCUGAGUCUGCACUGGAUCAACGAUCUUCCUGGAGCUUUGAGACAGAUCCACCAGGUGUUGAAGCCGGAUGGCGUGUUUAUUGGAGCAAUGGUUGGCGGGGAGACACUCUAUGAGUUGCGGUGUUCUCUACAAUUAGCUGAGCUGGAAAGGGAGGGAGGAUUUGCCCCUCAUAUCUCACCGUACACAGCGGUCACUGACCUGGGGAACCUACUGGGCCAGGCCGGCUUCAACAUGCUCACUGUGGACAUUGAUGAAGUCCAGGUCCAUUAUCCUGGUAUGCUAGAAGUCAUGAGUGAUUUAAAAGGUAUGGGUGAAAGCAACUGUGCAUGGAACAGAAAGUCACUCUUGCACAGAGAUACCAUACUGGCGGCCGCUGCCAUUUAUAAAGAGAUGUACGGCAAUGAAGAUGGAUCAGUUCCAGCCACAUUUCAGAUCCUCUAUAUGAUUGGCUGGAAGCCUCACGAGUCUCAGGCAAAACCAGCAAGUAGAGGUUCUGCAAAUGUCUCGUUUGCAGAUUUGUCAAAAAUAGAAAAACUUCAGACUGAUCAUCAGAAACACAAUGAGAAGUCAUAGGACGGAAAGAUGCGUUUAUCCCUCAGAUCGACCCAUCGUGGACUCUUUAUGAUCUGCUUCACUUAAAUGUACAUGAUUACACUGAAAUGUUGCAUCAACAUUCGCAUUUGUUUUAUUUGUGUCUGACAAAUGUACACGCAUAUAAAUAAACUGACUUGAGUGCUA